GCGGAAGUGAGAAUCCCCCAGCUGAACUCCUAGUCACUGCAGCAGGUACUCUGACUGCGUUUCUCGUCAUUUAACGCCAUGAUACCACUCCUGCUGCUUCUUAGUCCAUGUCUUCUCCUCCCUGGGACGGGGGCAAUAUCCUUUUAUGUGCCUCCUUAUGGCAAGAAGUGCUUAAAGGAGGAAAUUCAUAAAGAUGUGCUUGUGACGGGCGAAUAUGAAGUGUCUGAACAACCAGGGGUUUCGUCAAACCUUAAGGUGACUGAUUCUUCAAAUCACAUUCUUUAUUCUAAAGAGGAUGCAAAGAAAGGAAAAUUUGCCUUUACUACUGAUGAUUUUGAUGUGUAUGAAAUCUGUUUCGAGAGCAAGAGUCAAACAGGUAACCUUAGAUUUCCAGACCAGCUCAUUAUCCUUGAUGUCAAGCAUGGUGUAGAAGCCAAGAAUUAUGAAGAUCUGGCCAAAGCUGAGAAGCUGAAACCUCUGGAAGUAGAACUGAGACGGUUAGAGGAUUUGUCCGACUCAAUUGUAAAGGACUUCACAUACAUGAAAAAGAGAGAAGAGGAAAUGAGGGAUACAAACGAGUCUACCAGUCUACGAGUCCUCUACUUUAGUGUGUUUUCUAUGUUCUGCCUUGUUGCUCUUGCAACCUGGCAAGUAUUCUACCUCAGACGAUUCUUCAAAGCAAAGAAGCUCAUCGAGUAAUUUUGGAAAUGAAUCCAGAGACAUCACUGCAUUAUUCCUGGCCCAUACUUUGCAGCAGAGCUCUAUGUAAAACACCAUCGUUUUGUCAUGGUAGCCACCAGUACGAUCCAAGAAUGUGGGGUCACAUGGAAACUAGGUCAACAUAUUGUAUGCCACCUCAUUGUUUUGUAUAAUUCUCUUCUCCCACAUGGAUCUUUCAUUCGGCCUGUCACACUUUUCAAUAAUUGUGCUAUUUCCCAGAUGUUUACACGGGCAUGUCUGUGUGACAUAGAUAAUUAAGUUACAUUAAGUAUAGCCAAAGGGUACUAGUCAGAAUGGGAAAUUUGUGGGCAAAUGAAAUGUUUUGGACUCUGUGCUUUUUUGAUUUUUAUUUAAAUUGGGAAUAUUGGGUGUAUGCAUAUUCUUGAAAUAAAAGGAGAAAAUUAGA